CCGGCCGGCAGGUAAAUGAGACGCACACUUCGAAAAGGACGCUUUCCUGCCCAUGCUGGCCAAGAAGGAGGGAAAGGGAGAGGAAGGAUCCGCCGCCCGCCCGGCCCCCCGGAGUCCACCGCUCCCGGGCUCCGGACCGGCCGUAGGAGGGAGAGAGGAGACGGGCGGGCCGGGGGUUCCCAGCCCGGGCCGGGGGGCCAGCCAACGCCCUUCGGCGACCCCGCUCCCGGACCCUCCCGGCAUUCCGGCCGCCCCGCUCCCGGACCCUCCCGGCAUUCCGGCCGCCCCGUUCCCGGGCCCUCCCGGCAUUCCGGCCGCCCCGCUCCCGGACCCUCCCGGCAUUCCGGCCGCCCCGCUCCCGGACCCUCCCGGCAUUCCAGCCCUAUGAGCCACGGUCGGAGGCCACAAUGAGCUGGAUGACCGGACCCGGCUUGGCCGCGCUGCUGCUGGCCAUGUGCAUCGUCUGCGGCUCCCGGGAGGCUCCGGCGGACGCCACCGGGGGGCGCCCUCCCGGCCCGGCCC